AUGGUGGUUGUAAGUACUGGUAAAGUGAAACACUUGCUCAUGAACAACAAUUAUUCGUCAUCUCUUCUCAGGAAGUGUGAGAAAAUUACUAAUGAUAGAAUUAAUAGUAAUUUGAGGAUUGAGGCUGGUUUGAGAGGGUGGUCGUUCUGUAAGUUUCCCUAUAUUAAAGAUUUGUCACCCAGGAUUGGAUGCUUGUUCAGGCAGACUAAUUGUAAAUUAAGUAACAUGACGGCAUUGGCGGAUCAUCACUUUGAGAGCGGGCAUGACUUUCAGUUUGACGCUGCUCAUAUUUUAGACUAUGAAUCUCAUUUUCUAAAACGUAACAUCAGUGAGAUGUUUUUCAUUAAAGUGUUUGAUUGCGUCAACUUUAGGUCUGAUACUCAGGGGUUAAGUUCAUCAUACAGUGACAUCAUAUCAGUGGCUAAAAGAUUCAUGCAAUAA